UUCUGAUCUUUGAUUGAUUGCAGGAUUUAUUGAAAGUGUAUAAAGUGACACGAAAUGGAAUGUUAGGACCUGAUUAUUCUACAAAGUUCUCUCCUUGGCUUGCUUCAGGAAGCCUAUCUCCUCGUUUUAUAUAUGAAGAGGUGAAGAGAUACGAGAAGGAAAGACAAUCAAAUGAUUCGACAUACUGGGUUUUGUUUGAAUUGAUAUGGAGGGAUUACUUCAGAUUUCUCUCAAUCAAGCAAGGAAAUUUGCUUUUUCAUGCGGGUGGUCCCCGAAAAGUAGAUAUUAACUGGAGCCAAGACCAAACCAUGUUUGAUGCCUGGAGACGAGGUCAAACCGGGUAUCCUUUAAUUGAUGCCAACAUGAAAGAACUGGCUACUACUGGAUUCAUGUCAAAUCGAGGACGACAGAUUGUGUGUUCUUUUCUUAUUCGAGAUAUGGGCAUUGACUGGCGGAUGGGAGCUGAAUGGUUUGAGACAUGCCUCUUGGAUUAUGAUCCUUGCUCCAACUAUGGCAACUGGACAUAUGGAGCAGGUGUUGGCAAUGACCCUAGAGAAGACCGUUACUUCAGCAUUCCGAAGCAAGCUCAAAACUAUGAUCCUGAAGGGGAGUUUGUUGCAUACUGGUUGCCAGAGUUAAGAGCACUUCCGAGAGAAAAAAGACAUUCUCCUGGAAUGAUGUACUUAAAGCCAAUUGUAGCUCUCAAACAUGGAUACACCAAGAAGACCGGUGAUUCGAAAGUGGCAUUUUCAUCAAGAAGAGCCAAACCGGAAGACAAUAGACGAAAGGGACAUGGAGAUAGGAGAAUGUAUUAGCACUGCUGCCAAUAUAGUCCACUGAUUUUCAGGACAUUUCUCACAAAGUUGCAACUGAGAUCAGAAACACUAGCUGCAGCAUACUGAUUGUGAAAUAUAUCUGUGAGUAGAACUAACCUGAUCCCAUUGGGUAUUUGGGGGGUAUUGUAACAAAUACUGUGAAAUUGGCUAUUACCACUUGCUUUAUUUAUAGAGAAAUGGGAACAAUCUAGUAUAAAUUUUGUGGUGUCCUGAAAAUGAAGUACCUUGAACCAUCUUACACAGUUCUUGAAUGAUUUUUUCUUGGCUUGGAUAUGUCCAUUUUGUAAUAUUCCUAAACAUCUCAGUUUGGUAAAGAUAAACCAGUGAAUUUUCUUAGGCUAA